AUGAAGGUUGGUAACUAUGGUGUUGUUUAUCAUUCCCCUAGUUCUAGUGAUCAGCGAUUUUUGCAAAUACUAGAAAACUGGUUUGAGUUAUUUGUGGAUAGCCGCAAAUUUAACGUGAUUGCUGGUGACUUUAACAUAAACUGGCGUGAUAGCUUUAAUUCGAGCCAUUUGAAGAGAUUAAUAGAGUUUUGCAAUUUAAAUCAAGUUGUUACUGAAUAUACGCGUAUUUCUAGACACAGUAAAACUUUAAUUGAUCAUGUUUAUACAAACUUUGAUUCUGUUCGCGCUGCAGUAAAUUCUGAAUUGAAAAUAACCGAUCAUGAGACUCUUGUUAUUACUGUAAAUCAGAGUAUAAACAGUGAUGAUAAUUUAGUUAAAUUAAAGUGUUGGAAAAAUUACUCGAAACGAAAGGUUUCGGAUCUUGUCGCGAGAAACGUGGAUUUCCCAUUAUCGGGGUGCCUUGAUCAUAAAACCGAUGUUCUCAAUAACGUCUUAAAAACGUGUACUAAUCAGUUAGUGGAACAAAAGUUUGUUGUUGUGAAGAACUCCAACAAGUGGUACACUUUGGAUCUUUUACGUCUUAAACAGAACGGAGGUACCAUGGAGAGCCUACUUUUAAUGGCCGAUUUAAAAAGCAUGGGAAUCGAUAAAAAAGGACCGACUGUUCUAAUCCUGGAUUUUAUCAACACAUCGAAGGCUUGUUUUGCUGAAGAUGAAAAUGUUCAAGAGUCUCUGGAACCAGACAUCGCAUCUACUACUUUGACGGAUAAUGAACUGGAAUCAAUCUUAGAGCAACAUCCACGUUUUCAAGGCAUAUACGUCAAAAAGUUGGCUCCCAAAGGUACUCUGCAGCAGUGUUGUUAG